AUGGAUUAUAAGGAAACACAAGAAAUGGAGUUAGAGGCUUUAGAAGCAAUUUAUCAAAACGAAAUAGAAAUAUUAUGUAAAGAGUAUCCUAAUAUUUCUCUCAAAAUUAGUCUAAAUUCUCAUGGUGAAGGCAUUAUAGAUGCUCAUGAGGCAGUUGAUCCUUUUGAUAUAAUUAUGAAAAUUAAACUUCCUUCUAACUAUCCAGAUAUUAUACCAGAUAUAGAAAUUUCUAAUUUAGAAGAUUUGUUUGAUGAUAAAAGAAUUACCAAAAUUAUUGAUGAUCUUAAAGAAAUAGGUGAAUCAAAUUGUGGUAUGAAUAUGAUAUAUACUCUCGUUUCUGGUUUACAAGAUAUCAUAGGACAAUUGACAAAAGAAUUAAAAAAAAAGAAAGAGGAUGAAUUUGAGGCUAAAUUAAAAAAAGCUGAAGAGGAAGAUAAACUAAUUGUUGAUGGAACAGCAGUAACAGUUGAAAGUUUUAGAGAAUGGAACAAAAAAUUUAUGGAAGAGAUACGUGAAUUAAGAGAUGCUCAACAAAAAGCAAAAGAAGCUGCAUUAGCGGGAAAAUUAACAGGAAAACAACAGUUUUUGAAAGAUUCAACAUUAUUUAAUUCAGAUUUAACAUUGUUAACAAAUGAAAUACCAGAUGAAGAAGAAGGAGGUUUAAAUCAUGAAACAGAAGAAGCUGUUGACAUAGAUGAAUCACUUUUUAAUGCUGAUGAUGAAGAGCUGGAAUUACUUAGUAGUGAAGAAGAUUGA